UCGGAGGAGCUGGUGGGAGUGGGAGAGGUGAAGGAGCCCCCCGGCGAGGCUUGGGAAUACGUUCCGCGAAAAGUAGGUAAUUUGCUGCACAUGCACCUCGAGACAGACGUAAGAGGGGACGAGCUAAGCCGAUCGCUCGACCCCUUGGUGAAGGUUGGCCUCGGCGGGAGAGAAGAUGUGUUGGCGCGUGACGGGGCCUGCGUCUACAUCCCCAGUAAGUAAUUUUUGUUCGUGUACCCCCCUUUCCCGCCUUUUGUUUUUCGCCCUCGUUUUUUUUUUGUUUUUCCUCAGGCCCCGUCGUCGUCCUUUCUUCCCGACUCACGCCACUCUGUUCUCUCUCCUUCCUUUCUUCCCGGCUCACGCAACUUUCCCUGUCGUUCUUCCUUUUUGCCUUCGCCUUGAGGCCCUUCUUCCACUCAUGUCCAACUUACGGUGGACAUUAUCCUCGACAGGGAUUCUCUCGCACUGGAGGAGGUGCUCGAUGAAGAUGAUCUCAUAGAGGAGUGCAAAGCUUUGAGCUCCCACCUUGUGGACAUUAUCCUUGACAGGGACUCUUUUCUCAUUGGAGGAGUUGCCUGACAGAGAUGCAAGUAUCCAAGGGUUCAAAGCUUUAAGCACGCAUUAGCUCUCCUUGUUCUGUCGGACUCAUCGUUGGCGGGGAAUUGCAGAAAACGUGGUCGCACUCACGUUUGGCGAGAAUAUAAUUUGCAGAAAACGUGGUCGCACUCACGUUGGAAAGCAGUCGGAUUCUGGACGGCAAGGUGUGCACAAAUGAAUUUGCGAAAAAUGAAAGGUGGAGAUUGAAACUGAAGAGGGACGGCUUCCGUACCCCGAGUGGACGUGGCGGGGGGGGGGGGGGGGGUCGGUGGGGAGUCGUCGUGGGCGUCUUCUGGGAGGUUGGAGUUGGUGGAGGCAAGGACGGAGGAGGGUCAGAUUGCUUUGAUUGUGUGGGAGGGGGGGACGACGUAGCGGUCGGGGUAGUGCGGAGUGCAAACCCUUUACUCGUCGUGGAAGGAGGGGGGCAGCUAAUGAGCUGAGGGAGCGAGGUCUCCCAUACCUGGCAACGAAAGGCGGAGGCGCAGGUGAAAUUGUGGGAAGUGAAAGGUGGAGAUUUUUGAAAGCAUCAUAGGACGGCGAGAAUCGCCACGUGGGGGGGUGGGGUGGGGGAUGAGUGGGUGGGUAGCCGGCUUGGCGGGCUCGGGGAAUGCUGAAAUCGGUGGGAAGGGAAGAGGCAGGGUGGUGGAUUGGAUACACGUAGGCGUCGCGAAAGAGUCGGCGUAUCGUUUUUAUUAGGGUAUAUUAGGAAGAGGCGGAUUUCAGAAGGGGGGUGGGAGGGAGGGCGGACGAGGUGAACAAGCGCCCUCCAGUAGGGUUGGGUAUACGUGAAGGGUAGGUGAUUUGCUGCUCAUGCACCUCGAGACAGCCGUAAGAGGUCAGGACGAGCGGAGGAAGAACGCUGAGCGGUCGGUCGACCCAUUUGUAAAGGUCGGUCUCGGCGGGAGGAAAAAUGUUUUGGCGCGUGACCGGCCUUGCUACGACGUCCCCAGUGGACAUUAUCCUCGACAGGGAUUCUUACACACUGGAGGAGUUGCUCGAUGAAGAUGACCUUAUACAGGAGUGCAAAGCUUUGAGCACCCGUCUGCUCACCUUCCUUCGGGCCAAACCCCAGGUACUGCAGCUUCUUCGGUAUGUGGUCGAGGAGCCUUCUCCUGAAGCGGAUGAGAAGCGGGUGUUCAAGUACCCGUUUGUGUCCUGUGAGGUAUUCACUUGUGAGAUUGACUCGGUAUUCAAUACCCUGCUGGAAGAUGAUGAGCUCAUGGGUUUGCUCUUUUCAUUUGUGGAGGCAGAUCGACCCCAUGGCCCACUGUUGGCAGGGUACUUCAGCAAGGUUGUUAUCUGCUUGCUUGUAAGGCGAACAGAUGAAGUGAUGACCUACUUGCAGGCUCAUCAAGAUCUGUUGAAGAAGCUCGUUGACCUCAUAGGAAUUACCUCAAUAAUGGAGGUUCUCAUGAGGCUUGUUGGUGCGGAUGAGCAGAUACUUAUGUUCCAUCCGAACUCGAUACAGUGGCUGGUCGAUACAGAUAUAUUGGAGAUGAUUAUUGACAAGCUCAGUCCUCAGUAUUCUGCUGAUGUACAUGCCAAUGCUGCUGAAGUUUUAUCUGCUGUUGCGAGGACACCAUCUGUCCUCUCGUCUCAGCUGGCCAGCUCUAGGCUUGUUGGCAAGCUGUUCAAGUACGUAUUAGAGGACAAGUCAUGCAGGAGCGCAAUGGUUAACUCGCUCUCAGUGUGCAUAACACUUCUUGAUCCGAAGCGGGUUGCGAAUGCAGCAGAAGCUGGCGUUGCCAGAGGCAUUCAUGUUCCAGACAAUCUGCAGAGUGCAAACCCAGAUGAGGUGGAUGGGAUGCUGCAAUCCUUAGGUGAUCUUUUGGCACUGCUUGACAUUACGGGGGAUGAGACUGUCUUGCCUACUACUUAUGGGCAGUUGAAACCACCUCUUGGGAUUCACCGACUAAAGAUUGUCGAGUUCAUUUCGAUUUUGCUUCAAACGGGCAGUGAGAUGGCAAGGGUAGAGCUAAUAAGACUCGGGGCAAUUCAGAUGGUGCUGAAGCUUUUUUUCCAAUUUCCAUACAACAACUUGCUCCACCACCAAGUGGAGAUCAUCAUAGCGACGAUUCUUGAUUGUGGAAACCCGGGACUGAUUGAUAACCUAAUGAGAGACUGUGACUUGGUGACGAGGGUGCUUGACACUGAUGCGGAUCCAAUCGCCCCAGAUUCAGCGCCUGAGUAUUCGUCUCAGGACCAGCAUCCGAAGAGGCCCCCAAAUCGUGUGGGGAACAUUGGUCACAUAACAAAGAUAUGCAACAAGCUUGUGCAGGUGGCCUGUUCAAACUCAAAAGUUGAUGCAUACUUGAAGGCGAACGAGCGCUGGGCAGAGUGGCAGUCUUCUGUAUUGCAGAAACGAAAUCAGAUCGAAGAUAUCUUCAAAUGGGCUUGUGGGAGGCCUCCGGUGGAAGACCGUCAUGGAGAUAGUGAUGAGGACGAAUUUGGACCCAAGGACUUUGACAUCCCUAUGGGGGGUAACAUGAGUCGUGAUGCGCCUUAUCGCUAUGGAGUGGAGUUCGACCCUGAUGAUGCAGAGGAGGCUGAGGCACUUACUUCAUAUCAGCGACAUAUUGAGGAUGUAUUCUUCGAGGAAGCAGCAGAAGGUGUGAUGCGCACACUUCGUAUUGAUGAACACGACAGUGAUGAAGAGGACAUGCCUUCAGGCCCAACUUCCUCGUCUCCACAUGCACGUAUGAGAGUGGAGGAUAGUGAUGAUAGUGAUGAUGAAGAAAAUCCAAGCCCUGGAGUUGCAGCUGCAGCGGCUGCUGCAGGGGUUGCAGCUGUCAGCUCGGUGUUUUCCAGUGCAACGGAUUCGCCCGUGGAUCUUUUUGCGGUGCAUGCCAUGCGCGAGAACUCAAACCCAGGCUGGUGUGCAUUUACGGAUGAGGAGCGAUUGGAGACUGAGGCCUCUGUGUCAGCUACGUCGACUUCCCCCAGCAAGGUGCCCGUAAGUCUCAGCUCUCCUCCGGGUUCGCCCACUCAGGACAAUCACGGAUCGGACAGGAACAACAAUAGCACGCUUGCUGACGAAAUAGCGUUGCCAGAGAGUGCUGAAAGCAGAGAUGGGACUUCUGUUCCGGGGGAUUUUGAUGAUGUGAUUGUGGAGGACCAGAUGGACACAGGCACUGCGAAUGCGUCAGGACAGCAACCUCUCGUUUCAUCUGCGCAGUCAGAAUCAAUGGCCGUGGGAGCUGUACAUGGAGCAAUGACUGAUGGGCCACAGGAAGAUUGUGGGCCCGGAGAAAAUCAUUCUGGCGAACCUGCAGGGGUUGUGGGGAAGAACUUGGACAUGGACUUGGAAGGGUCUGUGAAAGUCUUUGAGGUGGUUCCAAAAGACCCAGAGUGUACCGUAGUGCAAGGAAAUGCUGCGGAAAACAACCCCUUUGGUAAUGACAUCUUCGGAGGCUCUUCAUUCCAGGCUGUUCCUUGUCCAGCGGAUGCGGCAAACGAUACUCCGAAAUUGCAACGGGAGAACAGCAUCGAGGGAAAAACAGGUAUCUCUGUGGACUCCUCUCUAAAUGUCUCCAGGACAACGGACGAGGUUGAUCCUCGAUACAAUGAUACCAACUUCUGGCGAAGUAACUAUCUCAAGGACGAGGAGAUGACAUAGAUUCGAACUUUUAGCGGAUAGAGGCAGGCUUUGUGGGCCAAGGAAGUAUGCCGCAGCUGGAUUGCAGCAGCAUCCGAAGCUGAAGCAGCAGCGGGCGAGCUUCUACUUCUCACGUGCUGCCUUACGGCGGAGGAGGAAUCAUGUUGCUUUUAGUUUGGCGGGCAGCCUACAUUGAGUGGCCGGGGGGUCGAUGUUGAGGAUUGUGUGAUGGUUGCGGAUAAGUCGCUCUUUUUCAGGUACAAAUGGGGAAAAGCAUCAUGUCCACACUGGCGCUGAGUAUUCAAGGUCGCCAGACUGAAAAUGGUGGGGGCUCAGUUUAUCCUGACUUGCCAGUGCAAUCCCAGAUCAGCAGUCAGGGUUGAUUACAUACUCUGGGUCGACGGGGAGAGAGAGUGAAUCAUGUGGUAUGGUUAAUGUCCUACGGGUGGGUAUUCAUAGAGAGAAAAGUCUAGGGUUACGUACUGCUUUCGCUGAGCUAGGAAAGGAUGUUUCGGGUAGAGAGAGAGAGGAUUAUAAUCUGGGAAGCACCUGGGUGCUUCGGGUAAGGGGGGGAGUUGAGAGCGCGGCAAAUUUGAGCCGAGUUUCUUUUUGUGUUUUCUAUUCAUGGAAAGGGGGUUAUUGAAUGGCAUGCGCUUGGCAUUAUAUCAUACAAGGAUGGGACGAUGGUGACACUGCUUGACAGCUCUUCUAUCAGACAGGCGACUCUGACUCCCAUCUCCUCCCUUCAUAUCGUGUUUCUUCAGUGUUUGGGCCAUAUUUGCUCUCUAUUCUUUUGGUGAUACGUGCAUCUGGUGCGGGAGAGGGUGCUUUGAAUAUGUGGUCAGGCAUAGUUUCAGUAUACCGCAGCACGGAUGUUUGGCUGGCUGGCAGGCAGGCAGGCAGGCAGGCAGGCAGGCAGGCACAAGGUUGUCCCGGUAAGUGGGAGAUGAUAACAGGGUAAAGGGCGGUGGGGGGGGGCGGGGGCAGAGUAGAGUGGGGAAAGUCUGGGCUGUGUUGGUUUCUCCGCCUCAAGGUGGGAACUUGGGCACGAAAUGAAGCUACGGCUGAGGUUCAAGCCGGGGUGAUCGAAGUUAGAUGAGGGGGGGGGGGGGGAAGAAGGGGGACAGCGGCAUGGGGAAGGGUGGGUUCUAUAUUCCGUGGUUGGAAGGAAGGAUAGUGUUCUAUUGGCUUGUCUGAAUGUGUUAAAAUGUUGUUCAGCAGCAUGCAAAAGUUUAUUUUAAUACGCCUGCCUGUACUCUUCGUACCUCUCGCUCUCUACUGUUAGAUGUCCGUGCAUUCAUUCUUCUCUCCUUCACAACGCCGAGCAUGUAUAUGGCUGGACCCCCCCUCUGCCUUAUCUUUUUUUUCAAUUUCUCUCGAUUCUCUUAUUAGCUUUCUUCGUCUGACCCCCUGCCCUUUUUUCUGAAUUUCUAUCGAUUCUCUUAUUAGCUUUCUUCGUCUGCCCUCCCUGCCCUUAUGGUCUCCGUUUAUGACCAUUGUUUUGAUCGUUGGUUUCUUUGAUAUUUAUUAUGUAUUCUGCGUGUAGGCACGUUAAAUGCCCUCGUCUCUACAGCUCCAUGCCACACGCGCUUGCAUCACAUUUUGUGUGCCAGCAUAUGAUGGCUAUAGAACCUGGUAUUUUGCUUCAGGGCAACCCUGGUGUUUGCGAAAACAAUUCAAAGAGGUCAUUUGUUUGAGACACUCUGGAUUUGGAAUUUUUUCAAUAAAGUAACCACUUUUGA